CCGGGAGCUGCGGGUGGUCGACGCUACGUGCUGCGGCUGCUGAGGGGGCGGGCUGACGGACGACGCACGCACGCGAGGGGCGGUGAGGCGGUGGCAGCGUGUGUUCAGGUGGUGGCGUUGGCUUGCGGAGCUGCAGCGGGACUUGUGGGAGGAUGGCGGAGUCCUCGGACAAGCUCUACCGGGUCGAGUACGCGAAGAGCGGGCGCGCCUCUUGCAAGAAAUGCAGCGAGAGCAUCCCCAAGGACUCGCUCCGGAUGGCCAUCAUGGUGCAGUCACCCAUGUUCGAUGGCAAAGUGCCACACUGGUACCACUUCUCCUGCUUCUGGAAGGUCGGCCACACCAUCUGGCAGCCUGAUGUCGAGGUGGACGGGUUCUCUGAGCUCCGGUGGGAUGACCAACAGAAAGUUAAAAAGACUGCAGAGGCCGGAGGAGUGACAGGCAAAGGCCAGGAUGGAGUGGGGAGCAAGACGGAGAAGACGCUGGGCGACUUUGCAGUGGAGUACGCCAAGUCCAACAGGAGCACGUGCAAGGGCUGCAUGGAGAAGAUAGAUAAGGGCCAGGUGCGCCUCUCCAAGAAGAUGCUGGACCCUGAGAAGCCCCAGCUGGGCAUGAUCGAUCGCUGGUACCACCCUCACUGCUUUGUUGAGAACAGAGAGGAGCUGAACUUCCGGCCCGAGUACAGUGCGAGCCAGCUCAAGGGCUUCGGCCUGCUUGCUCCCGAGGAUAAGGAAGACCUGAAGAAGCAGCUCCCAGGAGUCAAGAGCGAAGGAAAGAGGAAAGGCGAUGAGGUAGAUGGAAUAGACCGAGUGCCCAAGAAGAAAUCUAAAAAAGAGAAAGACAAGGAUAGUAAGCUUGAAAAGGCCCUCAAGGCCCAGAAUGACCUGAUCUGGAACAUCAAGGACGAGCUAAAGAAAGUGUGCUCAACGAACGACCUGAAAGAAAUGCUCAUCUUCAACAAGCAGCAAGUGCCCUCCGGGGAGUCGGCGAUCUUGGACCGGGUAGCUGAUGGCAUGGUGUUCGGUGCUCUCCUUCCCUGCGAGGAGUGCUCAGGCCAGCUAGUCUUCAAGAGCGAUGCUUAUUACUGUACUGGGGAUGUCACUGCCUGGACCAAGUGCAUGGUUAAGACACAGACACCCAACCGGAAGGAGUGGGUGACCCCGAAGGAAUUCCAAGAAAUCUCAUACCUCAAGAAAUUGAAGGUCAAAAAGCAGGACCGUAUAUUCCCACCGGAGACCGGUGCUCCAGUGGUGGCGGCACCACCACCUUCUGCAGCCUCAGCACCCGCUACUGUGAACUCCUCUGCCCCACCAGGCAAGCCGUUGUCCAACAUGAAGAUCCUGACGCUUGGCAAACUCUCUCGGAACAAGGAAGAAGUGAAGGCCAUGGUUGAGAAACUCGGGGGAAAGUUGACAGGGACCGCCAACAAGGCCUCCCUGUGCAUUAGCACCAAAAAGGAAGUAGAAAAGAUGAAUAAAAAGAUGGAGGAAGUAAAAGAAGGCAAUAUUCGAGUUGUGUCUGAGGAUUUCCUCCAGGACAUCGCCGCCUCAACCAAGAGCCUUCAAGAGUUGGUCUCAGCCCAUGUCUUGUCCCCCUGGGGUGCCGAGGUGAAGGCGGAGCCUGUUGCAGUCGUGGCUCCAAGCGGGAAGUCGGGGGCAGCAGUCUCUAAAAAGAGCAAGGGCCCCGUCAAGGAGGAAGGAAUCAACAAGUCUGAAAAGACAAUGAAAUUAACUCUUAAAGGAGGAGCUGCUGUUGAUCCUGAUUCUGGUCUGGAGCACUCUGCGCACGUCCUGGAGAAAGGCGGGAAGGUCUUCAGUGCCACCCUCGGCCUGGUGGACAUUGCGAAAGGAACCAAUUCCUAUUACAAGCUGCAGCUCCUGGAGGACGACAAAGGCAGCAGGUACUGGAUAUUCAGGUCCUGGGGCCGCGUGGGCACGAUGAUCGGCAGCAACAAACUGGAGCAGAUGCCGUCCAAGGAGGAUGCGGUCGAGCACUUUACAAAAUUAUAUGAAGAAAAAACCGGGAAUGCCUGGCACUCCGAAAACUUCACAAAAUAUCCCAAAAAGUUCUACCCCCUAGAGAUCGACUAUGGCCAGGAUGAAGAGGCAGUGAAGAAGCUGACGGUAAACCCUGGCACUAAGUCCAAGCUCCCCAAGCCAGUGCAGAACCUCAUUAAGAUGAUCUUUGAUGUGGAAAGUAUGAAGAAAGCCAUGGUGGAAUAUGAGAUUGACCUCCAGAAGAUGCCCUUGGGGAAGCUGAGCAAAAGGCAGAUCCAGGCUGCAUACUCAAUCCUCAGUGAGGUCCAGCAGGCAUUGUCCCAGGGCAACAGUGACUCCCAGAUCCUGGAUCUUUCAAAUCGCUUCUACACCUUGAUCCCCCACGACUUUGGGAUGAAGAAGCCUCCGCUCCUGAACAACGCAGACAGUGUGCAGGCCAAAGUGGAAAUGCUGGACAACCUGCUGGACAUCGAGGUGGCCUACAGUCUGCUCAAGGGUGGGUCUGAUGAUAGCAGCAAGGACCCCAUCGAUGUCAACUACGAGAAGCUCAAAACUGACAUUAAGGUGGUGGACAAAGAUUCCGAGGAAGCCAAGAUCAUCAGGAAGUAUGUUAAGAACACUCAUGCAACUACACACAACGCAUAUGACUUGAAAGUCCUGGAGAUCUUCAAGAUUGAGCGUGAAGGGGAGAGCCAGCGCUACAAGCCGUUCAAGGAGCUGCAUAACCGGCGGUUGUUGUGGCAUGGGUCCAGAACUACCAACUUUGCGGGGAUACUGUCGCAGGGUCUCCGGAUAGCACCCCCUGAAGCGCCUGUGACAGGCUACAUGUUUGGCAAAGGGAUCUAUUUCGCUGACAUGGUCUCCAAGAGUGCCAACUACUGCCACACGUCUCAGGGAGACCCAAUAGGCUUAAUCCUGUUGGGAGAAGUUGCCCUUGGAAAUAUGUAUGAACUGAAGCACGCUUUGCAUGUCAACAAGUUGCCCAAGGGCAAGCACAGUGUCAAAGGUUUGGGCAAGACCACCCCUGACCCUUCUGCCAGCAUUGCUCUGGAUGGGGUAGAGGUUCCUCUCGGGAGCGGGAUUUCGUCCGGCGUCAACGACACCUGCCUGCUGUAUAACGAGUACAUUGUCUACGAUACUGCUCAGGUAAAUCUGAAGUAUCUGCUGAAGCUGAAGUUUAAUUUCAAGACGUCUCUGUGGUGAACUGACUCGUGGCCGAGUGGCAGCCCAGUGACUCUGGUAUGAAUGUGCCUGGUGUGCUUUGCACUGGCUGACCAGGCAGAGGCCUCGGCUGGGCUGAACCUCCUUGGAGAGAUUUGAACACUUGGUCACACGUCACACAAUUUUCCCCAGCUUUUCAAAUCCAUUGUUCAGGUUGGUCUUGGGUGGGUUAUUUGGGGACUUUUUUUCCCUGCCAGCCAUAACCCUGGUAGGUACAACUAACGUUAGCAGAGGAGUUGGGGAGAGGGGGGGUUUGUCUAGACUAGUCCUAGGGGGAGAGCUAAGCCACGUAGAACUUCUGACCUACUGGUUUCCCCAGGGAGGGAAAAAAUAAUCUUCCACCCUUCUAAGUUUUCAUCCUUAGCUUUGGUUUUGGAAAAAUGUUAAGCAUUUAUUUUAAGGUAAAAAUAAAAACUAAUUUCAUAAUA